AUGUUGGCCCGCGGUCUCAUCUCCCGUCACCUCGCCAGAGCACCCAGAAGAGUGUUUCUCGCCACCCGUUUCAACUCCUCGUCUCAAUCGGGUACUCCACCUCCCAAGUCUUCCCGUGGAAAGAUCUUGAUCGCUUUGGGUGCUUUGGCCGUAGCUACCACCGUGGUCUCGCUGUCACUCAAGAAGUCUGAGCCUGUCUCUGUUAAGGAGCCAGUCAAGGCCGGCCCAGCUUUCUCAGAUAAGGAUGUUUCGGUGAUUUUUGUUCUUGGUGGUCCAGGACUGGGCAAGGGUACCCAAUGUGCCAAGUUGGUCAACGACAAGCACUUCGUGCACUUGUCUGCCGGAGACUUGUUGAGAGAGGAGCAGAAAAGAGAGGGCUCGAAGUAUGGCGAGCUUAUAGCUCAAUGCAUCAAGGAUGGUACCAUUGUUCCACAGGAGGUGACCGUUGCACUUCUCGAACAGGCCAUCGGCAACGAGCACAAGAACGGAAAGAGCAGGUUCUUGGUUGACGGGUUCCCCAGAAAAAUGGACCAGGCACACACGUUUGAGGAUACCAUUGUGAAGUCCGCGUUCACGUUGUUCUUCGAGUGUCCCGAACAGGUGAUGCUUGAGCGUCUUUUGGAGAGAGGAAAGACCAGCGGAAGAACAGACGACAACAUCGAGAGCAUCAAGAAGAGAUUCCGCACGUUCGUCGAUACCUCCAUGCCCGUGGUCGACUACUUUGCCAGCCAAGGGAGGGUGGUGAAGCUCCGUUGUGAUGAGCCUGUGGAUGUGGUGUAUGGACAUGUUGUCAAGGCUUUGGAGAGCAGGGGGAUCAACUAG